AUGGCUGUGAUAGGAGCCGUGCCCAAGCGGAAAUGUAGACACUGCAUUCCGCGUCUACUCAAUGUAUGUUUUCGGAUCGUUUCGCUCAUCGCUUACCUGAGUUGGACCAACGACCUACACGUGCUGAACUCGACACGAGUCAAACACAAGCAAGCUCUUCCGUUUGGCUCUCGCAGGAAAAGAAUGGCGGACAUUGUAGUGUCCACGACGCGUUUCCUCAUCUGGGUCCACACGACGGCGAGAGUAUCGGGUUCCACGGGAACGCCUCAACAGAAGGCACAGUAG